ACAAUUCGACUUCUCUUUAUACUCUCUCUCUCUCUCUUCUCUGUUUCUCUCUCUACAAUCUCCCCCACGUCGGAGACCACUUCAUAAUCACACCUCGGAAAAUUUUUUGAAAUCCUCAGAUCAACAAUCACGAGAAGCUCGUCAAAUCUUCUCCACCUCCGUUCUUUAUUGCACUCAUUAUGAUUUCUUCCUCGUUCCCCACUCUCAGCUAUUAAUCUUCACUCGCCAACAUUCUUUUGAGGGCGAUCCUGCGGAAUUGACUGUGAGUCUUUUGUUUCUGCGGAAUCGGAGAUUGUUGGAAGGAGAAUCGAGCGCGAUUCGUCAAAAUGCCGCAGGAAUUAAGCUACGGAAGUUCGAUUUUGUCGUCUCCGAACAAGAAUCUGAGAGGAUUGAAGGCUCUGGUUCCGAGUAAUGAUGCUUCUUCAGCGAUUCCUGAGGAGGUUAUCAACGACGAUGAGUUGGCUCAGCGGAAAGCCGAAGAAGCCGCUUCCAGGAGGAGCCAAGCAGCAGAAUGGCUACGCCAAAUGGAUCAUGGAGCAUCAGGAGUGCUGUCAAAUGAGCCCUCUGAAGAAGAGUUCUGUCUCGCACUCCGCAAUGGCCUCAUUCUCUGCAAUGUCCUCAACAAAGUCAAUCCUGGUGCUGUUCUCAAGGUGGUGGAGAAUCCAGUUGUAACAGUUCAGUCAGCGGAAGGAGCUGCACAAUCUGCAAUCCAGUAUUUUGAGAACACGAGGAACUUCUUGGAGGCAGUUAAAGACAUGAAGCUCUUGACAUUUGAAGCUUCUGACUUGGAAAAGGGAGGUACUUCGGGUAAAGUUGUAGAGUGUAUUCUAUGCUUGAAAGGAUAUUAUGAGUGGAAGCAAGCCGGUGGGAUUGGGGUUUGGAGAUAUGGAGGAACUGUACGUAUCACAUCUUUCACCAGAAGUUCACCAUCCAUAACUGGAAGUGAGAGUACAGAUGAGUCGGUGCACGAAUCAGAUUCAUCUCAGUUCGAGCAGCUACUAGACUUCCUUCAUCUGUCUAAUGAAGUUUCAGUUGAAGAAUCCAGAACUUGUAGUGCUCUUGCUUUUCUUUUUGAUCGUUUUGGACUCAAACUUCUACAAGCUUACCUCAGAGAGAGCAACGGGAUCGAAGAUUUGCCUUUAAAUGCAAUGGUCAUUGAUGCAUUACUUAACAAGGUUGUCAAGGAUUUCUCUGCACUGCUUGUGUCUCAAGGCACUCAGCUCGGAUUCUUUCUGAAGAAGAUAUUGAAAAGCGACUUAAGUUCACUAUCAAAAUCUGAAUUCAUUGAAGCAAUUUCUCGAUACAUCAAUCAAAGAACUAAUAUGGCUUCAAGUGACUUCUCCAAGUUCUGUGUUUGUGGAGGAAAACGUGAGGUUAUUCUUAGGGCUCCUGCUGGCCAUGAAGAACUGGUUCAUGCUCAGCAGAAACAGAUUCAGGAGCUAAAGUCAGCAUUUCAAGACACCAAACUUGAAGUUAAACACAUACAAUCUCAAUGGGAAGAAGAAGUUGAAAGGCUAGAACACCAUCUUAAGGGCCUUGAAAUGGCUUCCUCUUCUUAUCACAAAGUCUUGGAAGAAAAUCGUAUACUUUACAAUCAAGUUCAAGACCUUAAAGGAACAAUAAGGGUCUACUGUAGAGUGAGACCUUUCUUACCUGGACAGUCAAACCAGCAGUCUACAGUAGACUAUAUUGGAGAAAAUGGGAACAUUAUGAUUGCAAAUUCUCUAAAGCAAGGCAAAGAAGCAAGAAGAGUAUUUUCCUUCAAUAAAGUCUAUGGAACUAAUGUUACCCAAGAACAAAUAUAUGUCGAUACUCAACCGCUGAUCAGAUCUGUUCUUGAUGGUUUUAAUGUAUGCAUCUUUGCAUAUGGACAAACUGGCUCAGGAAAGACAUAUACAAUGAGUGGCCCAGAUUUGAUGACUGAGGACACGUGGGGUGUUAAUUAUCGAGCUCUAAACGACUUAUUCCAAAUAUCAAAUGCAAGGUUGGAUAUGAUCAAGUAUGAAGUUGGAGUUCAAAUGAUUGAAAUAUACAAUGAGCAAGUGAGAGACUUGUUAGUCAGUGAUGGCUCAAACAGAAGGUUAGAUAUACGAAAUAACUCUCAACUGAGUGGCCUUAAUGUACCUGAUGCAAGUUGGGUUCCGGUGACAUGUACUCAAGAUGUUCUUAGUUUGAUGAGGAUCGGCCAAAAAAACCGAGCAAUCGGCGCGACGGCUUUAAAUGAGAGAAGUAGUCGUUCACACAGUGUUUUAACAGUUCAUGUCCUUGGAAGAGAUUUGGUCACCGGAUCCAUUCUCAGGGGGUGUCUUCAUCUAGUAGAUUUAGCUGGGAGUGAAAGAGUGGACAAAUCUGAAGCUGUAGGUGACAGACUAAAGGAAGCACAACAUAUAAACAGAUCGCUCUCUGCACUUGGAGAUGUAAUUUCUGCUCUUGCACAAAAGAGUGCACAUAUCCCUUACCGAAAUAGCAAGCUCACUCAACUCCUACAAGACUCUUUAGGUGGACAGGCUAAGACAUUCAUGUUUGUACAUAUAAAUCCCGAAGUUGAUUCCCUUGGAGAGACAAUUAGCACGCUUAAGUUUGCUGAGAGAGUUGCCUCCAUUGAAUUAGGUGCGGCUCGUUGUAAUAAAGAAAAUGGUCAAAUUCGAGAACUUAAAGAUGAGAUAUCAAAUCUUAAAUCGGCAUUGGAGAGGAAGGAUGCAGAACUUGAACAAUUAAAGAGUGGCAACGCUCGGGCCUUUGUAGAAAAUCAGAAACCAAGAACAGUCUCGCCCUUCCGUGUUCUAAGACAUCAUGGUACUAAUGGAGGUACUAAGCCUGAAAGUUGUCAACGGCCUUUGGAUGAUGCUAAAACUUUGGAGGCUAGAAGCUACUCUUCAGGAAAGCAAAGAAGGCCAAGAUUUCCCUCUUCAUUCACAGAGAAAGAUGUAAUAAAAAUGCCAUUCUUAGCCGAAGAGAGAUCAACAACAAGUACAAGCUCUGGGAAUGCAAGGUCUCCAUCUCCACCAGUUAGGAGAUCAAUAUCAACAGAUAGAGGCGCCCUUAUGAGAAGCAAGGUUAAAUCAGAGACGAACGAGAACCAACCGAUAGCAAAGCCUUCGUUUCCGGUUAGAGUGCCUGUUAACAAGUCCAUGGCUGCAGGACGAGUAAACAUCAGUUCCCAAGAGCACGAAAACUUCUCUGAUGCAUUGAUUAGUCUCCACAAAUCAAUGGCCUCAACAAAGAAGAAACAACUAGUUUGCCAAGAAAACAAUGAAGAUGAACAGCAGCUGAAGCAGUCUCUCAUUACAAUUCAAGGUGGUGGGCCCAGGAGAGGCAGAAAUGAAGGCAAAACCAAAGCUAAGCAACAGCAGUUACCCAGUGCAGCAGCCAGGAUCAAUAACCAGAAGCAGCAAGAACAUGCAGUAACAACAUUCCUUACUGAUAUUUAUGCUGGUGGGAAAAUGGAGGAUGCAAGAAAGAGCGAUUUCUCUGAGAUGGAGAAUGAGCAUUUUCUUGUGGGAUUGCCUCUUGAUGGUGCUUUGAAGGUUAAAAAAGCUUGUCCGAAGUUCCCCAGAAACUCCCAGAAUCUGGAGCCACCGAGAGUGCCAGUUUCUACUGUUGAGAAUGGGAAUCGGUUUCAGAGUGAAGUAAGCAGUGGAUCAGUGGCUGAAUUUAGAAGGAGCAAAUCUACACCUCGCGGGAAAUUUUUGGUACUACCAUGAGAUAGGCAUACUAACACCUUAUAUGAACAGUGAAAAUAUAUCUGUAGCUAUUUUUUUUCUUCACUUUGUUAUUCUUUGUAUAUUAAUUAUUGUAAUUCUUGAAAUGGGGGUGCCUUUGAGGAUGUUGAUUUGUUGGAGUUUGAUGGCUUUGAAAUAUGUUCCAAUGUAUAUCUAUCACAAGAGUGACAAACUUUUGUUUUGA